AUGGGUCGUAUUCGUAAAGACGAGAUUCCAUCUGUUACAUUAUCAGAAGACGAUUAUAAAAAAUAUUGUCAAAAAUUACCAAAUUCCUUAAAACGGGUGUCACCUUUUCUGAUCAGGCUUGAAUCAAAGAUAGUGAAAAAUGUUAAGGGUAAAUUAAUAGCAGAAUCGAGUUCACAUCAAGAUCAACAGAAUCCAAAUCAGAACCUAAUUAUACUCAAUAAUGAAUCCUUAAUUGAAGAAUAUCAACUGAGUAAUUAUUCGGAAUCAACAGAUUGCAUUCAAACAUUA